UGCCCAUACAGGUGUGCAUAAAUUGAAGGAAUGCCAGACUGAGUCACGGGAGCCUCCCCUCCCCGUCUACCUGAGCUGGAAUAAAACUGUCCCUUUCUGGAAAAAGGAUCCCACUACAGCUAUCCUCACCUCACCCUCUCUCCUCCUCUCCUUACACCGCUGGUGAGAGAGACAGGCAGAGGGAGUAACUCCUAAGAGAAAGAGGAGGAAAAGAAGUCCAUAUUUGAUCAGAGGGGACAGAGAGCCCUGCAAAGUUAUGUCAAGUUCAUGAGCUGCCUGCCUGCCCUGUGGAUUUAAACUUGGCAACUGAAUGGAAAAGAGAGAAAGGGGACCAAAGAAAUAAAAUAAACAGGCUAAGUGUGGAAGUCUGCUGGUGGCAGUGAAGCAGUGAAAUUCCCCUUUUGCCUUUAGAAGAAUUUCUUGGCUUGCUGUGUGGGUGACUGCUGUUUGGAUUGUUGCAGAGGAUUUGGACUUUGAAUCAGACAAAGCACUAAUGAGGAGGAAGAGGAUGGAUGUGCUGCUCCAAAGGACGUGGGCCGGGCUGCUCCUGUUGGUCAUGGUCUGUGAUGUAUGCCUGUGCCAGAAAACCAGAAUUAAUCGCUGCGUGGCCUCCAGAGCAAGAAGCUGCACAGAGUGUAUCCGAGUGAGCAAGGACUGCUCCUACUGCACGGACGAGACCUUCAAAGAAUCCCGAUGUGACCUGAGAGAGAACCUGGUGAGCUAUGGCUGCAGCGGGGCCAGCAUUGUGUACGUGAGAGGAGAGAUGCUGGUGCAGCAGAAUUUUAGCAUCGACACAUCUCUGAAGAAAACCCAGGUGUCCCCACAGCGGAUGUCCAUGCGGCUGAGAGCUGGGGAAGAGGCCAGCUUCAACAUGGACGUCUUCCAGCCCCUCGAGAGCCCUGUGGAUCUCUACAUCCUUAUGGACUUCUCCUACUCCAUGUCUGACGACUUGAACAACCUCAAAGAGAUGGGCCAGAAGCUAGCGGGAUUCCUGCAAGACUUGACCUCCAAUUACACCAUCGGAUUUGGCAAGUUUGUGGACAAAGUCUCGGCUCCACAAACAGACAUGAGACCUGAGAAGCUGCGAGAGCCCUGGAGGGACGCCGACUCGCCCUUCUCCUUCAAGAACGUCAUCCGCCUGACCAGCAACAUCCAUCAUUUCAGCCAGGAGCUGAUGAAAGAGCGCAUCUCCGGCAACCUGGACGCCCCGGAGGGGGGCUUUGAUGCCAUCCUGCAGACGGCUGUUUGCAAGGAGAAAAUCGGCUGGCGGACCGACAGCACUCACCUGCUGGUGUUCUCCACCGAGUCCGCCUUCCACUAUGAAGCUGACGGCACCAACGUCCUGUCAGGGAUCCUGCCAAGGAAUGAUGAGCAGUGUCACCUGAACCGAGCGGGCACCUACACCUACGACACCAAGCAGGACUACCCCUCCGUGCCCACCCUGGUGCGCCUGCUGGGCCAGCACAACAUCAUCCCGAUCUUCGCCGUCACCAACCACUCCUACAGCUACUACGAGAAGCUGCAUAAGUAUUUCCCCAUCUCGGAAAUCGGGGUGCUGCAGGAAGACUCCUCCAAUAUCGUGGAGCUGAUUCGCAUGGCUUUCGAGCGUAUCCGUUCCAAGAUGGACAUCCGGGCUGACUCAGUCCCUAAGUCCAUGAAGACAGAAUUUACCUCCUUGAAAUAUAAAAAGACAGAGUCUGGGUCGUUCCAUGUCACCCGAGGGGAAGUGGGCAGCUUCAAGGUUCGCGUGAAAGCUCAUGAGUAUGUGGGCGGGGAGCACGUCUGCAACCUCCCCAAGAAAGAGCAGCAGGGCAUAAUCCACGUGAAACCCUCCUCUUUGAGUGACAGCCUGAAAAUCGACGCCUCCGUCAUCUGUGAUGUCUGCCCCUGCGAACAGCAAAAGAUGGUUAGAGCGGCCAUGUGCAGUUCCAACGGGGACUUAGUCUGUGGGCAGUGCGUCUGCUACCCGGGCUGGCGAGGGGACAUGUGUGACUGUUCCACAGCCUCUUCCAGUGACAACCAGGCCUGCAUCCGCCCUGGAGACUCAGAGCCCUGCUCGGGGCGGGGCGAGUGCCUCUGUGGAAAAUGCCAGUGCUAUUCUGAGGACCUGACCCAGCGCUACGAGGGUGACUUCUGCCAGUUUGACAACUUACAGUGCCCGCGCACCUCCGGCUUCCUCUGCAAUGAUCGUGGUCGCUGCUACAUGGGUCAGUGUGCAUGUGAAAGUGGCUGGGGGGGGCCUGGCUGUGAAUGCCCCACAAGCAAUGACACCUGCGUCGACAGCAAAGGGGGGAUCUGCAAUGGCCGUGGGAAAUGUGAAUGCGGCAGGUGCAUCUGCGAGAAGCCUUCUCGGUUCACUGACCUCACCUGUGAAAUCAGCUACUCCCUGGGCGUGCUGGGGAUUUGCGAAGACAUUCGAAGCUGCGUCCAGUGUCAGGCCUGGGGGACCGGGGAGAAGAAGGGGCAGAAAUGCAAGGACUGCUCUUUCAAGAUCCAGAUGGUGGAUGAACUGCAAAAAGAGAAGGAGGUGAACGAGUACUGCUCGUUCCAGGACGAGGAGGACGACUGCACGUACCGCUACACCCUGGACGGGGAUCCCGGCACACUGCACAACAACACCAUCCUGAUGCAGAAGAAGAAAGAGUGCCCACCAGGAAGCUUCCUGUGGCUCAUCCCCCUGCUCAUUUUCCUGAUGUUACUCCUGGGGUUGCUGCUGCUGCUGUGCUGGAAGUACUGCGCUUGCUGCAAGGCUUGCCUGGCCCUGCUGCCCUGCUGUGCACGAGGCCGCACUGUCGGGUUCAAAGAGGAUCACUACAUGCUGCGGCAGAGCCUCAUGGCUUCGGACCACCUGGACACCCCCAUGGUGCGCAGCGGCUCCCUGAAGGGCAGGGACACCGUCCGCUGGAAGAUCAACAACAAUGUCCACAAGCCGGGCUUCUCCUCCCACACCACCACAAACCCCAAGGAGCUGAUUCCUUACAGCAUCUCGCUGAGACUGGCCCGGCUUUUCACCCAGAACCUCAUGAAACCGGACAGCCGGGAAUGUGAGCAGCUGCGCAAGGAGGUGGAGGAGAACCUGAACGAUGUUUACAAGCACAUUUCCGGUGUCCACAAACUCCAGCAGACCAAGUUCAGGUUGCAGCCCAAUGCUGGGAAAAGGCAGGACCACACGAUUGUGGACACAGUGCUCACCGCUCCCCUUUCGGCCAAGACGGAGAUCGUGAAAGUGACGGAGAAACACGUCUCUCAGGAGGCUUUCAAUGAGCUGAAGGUGACGCCGGGUUACUAUACCGUGACUUCUGACCAAGAUGCCCACGGGAUGGUGGAGUUCCAGGAAGGUGUGGAGCUGGUGGACGUCCGGGUCCCACUCUUCAUCAGGGAAGAAGACGACGAUGAGAAGCAGUUGCAGGUGGAGGCGAUUGAGGUCCCCAUGGGGACAGCGGCGAUUGGACGCAGGCUCGUUAAUAUCACCAUCAUCAAAGAGCAAGCCAGCAGCAUCAUCACCUUUCUGCAGCCAGCCUACUCUCACAGCCGCUUCGACCAGGUGGCCAGAAUCCCUGUGCGUCGGGAGAUCAUGGAAAAUGGAAAAUCCCAGAUCACCUACAGAACUCGCGAUCUCACUGCGAAGGAUGGCAAGGACUACGUCUUCGCAGAGGGCGACUUGGUCUUCCAGCCUGGGGAGAUGCAGAAGGAGGUGCAGGUGGCGCUGCUGGAGCUGACCGAGAUCGAUGCCCUUCUGCAGAACCGCCAGCUCAAACAGUUUGCUGUGGAUCUGCUCAACCCCAAGUACGGCGCCAAGAUCGGCAAAUACCCGCAGACCACGGUGACCAUCACUGACCCAGAAGUUGUGGAUGGCAUACAGAUCCCAAUUGGCCUGGGCCAGUUCCCUCAGUCUCCCAGAGGCAAGCUGGGUGCACCGCUCAAUCCGAACGCCCAAGCUCUAAGCUCCAGGAAAAUCCGCUUCAACUGGUUACCACCGCCUGGCAAACCAAUAGGGUACAAGGUGAAGUACUGGAUCCAAGGGGACCCUGAAUCGGAGGCCAGGCUGAUCAAUUCCACAGUGCCAUCAGCAGAGCUGAAUAACCUAUACCCCUACUGCGACUACGAGAUGCAGGUCUGCGCCUACAGCAACAUGGGCGAGGGGCCGUACUCGGAUAUCACCCACUGCCGCACCCUGGAGGACGUUCCCAGCGAACCUGGGCGUCUGGCUUUCAACGUCGUCUCUUCCACUGUGACUCAGCUGAGCUGGGCUGAGCCUGCCGAGACCAACGGGGAGAUCACAGCCUACGAAGUCAGCUACGGACUUGUCAAUGAGGACAAUGUUCCCUUUGGGCCCAUGAAGAAAGUUCUGGUUGAGGAGGCGAAGAAGCGCAUGGUUCUGAUUGAAAACCUGCGGGAGUCGCAGCCGUACCGCUACACGGUGAAGGCCAAGAAUGGAGCCGGCUGGGGGCCUGAGCGAGAAGCUACAAUCAACCUCGCCACGCAGCCCAGGCGCCCAAUGUCCAUUCCCAUCAUCCCCGACAUCCCAAUCAUCGAUGCCGAGGGCGGCGAAGACUACGACAGCUACUUGAUGUACAGCGCGGACGUGAUGCGCUCCCCGUCCGGCAGCAAGCGCCCCAGCGUCUCCGACGACUCCGGCUCCAGGUGGAAAUAUGUGCAGCUGCUGGGGGAGGACUUGGACCUUCGCCGCAUCACCUGGAGGCUCCCAGCCGAAAUGAUCCCCCGCCUCUCUAGCAGCAGCUGCUUCUCCUCGGACACCGAGGGUUUCCUCCACGAGGAUAGCUCCCAUUCUGAGCUGUUGGACAGCGACACAGCCAGCGGCAGCCUGACGAGGAGCACGACGCCCCGGCCCCAACCAGAGCAUCUGCCGAAUGGCCGGAUGGAUUUCACCUUCCCCGGCAGUGGGGGCACCCUGAACAGGACCUUGAAUGCUAGCUAUAACCAGCUGACCUCACACAUGCACACGGAGAGGAGGCUAAUGGGCAGCUCGUCUCUGACCAGAGAUUACAGCACAAUGACCUCAGGAUAUGACCAGCCAGGGAGGAUUCUCCCUUCCAUACGUGAAGAUGGUGGCAGGAUGGCCUUGCUGCCCCAAGACGUAGGUGUCAGGAGCAGGGCAAAGGUGAAGGGUUCCUAUGCCAGCAAUGGCUUUCGGGAUUCUAUAAUCAUGACUGAUGGGCCCACUGGGAUUGCCAAGUAUAUAGAUUCCAGAAUGGCCCUGGGCGUCCCUGACACUCCCACCCGCCUGGUGUUCUCUGCGCUGGGGCCCACCUCCCUGAAAGUCAGCUGGCAGGAGCCGCAGUGCGAGAAAGAGGUGCAAGGCUACAGCGUGCAGUACCAGCUCCUCAGUGGAGGAGACGUGUACAGACUGAGCAUCCCCAACCCCACUCACAACUCGGUGGUGGUGGACAACCUGCUGCCAAACCACUCCUACAUAUUCAAGGUGAAGGCCCAAAGCGAGGAGGGCUGGGGCCCCGAGAGAGAGGGCGUCAUCACCAUUGAGUCCCAGGUGGACCCGCAGAGCCCGCUGAGUCCUGUACCAGGUUCACCGUUUACAUUGAGCACCCCCAGUGCGCCAGGACCCCUGGUGUUCACUGCCCUGAGCCCGGACUCGCUUCAGCUCAGCUGGGAGAGACCCCGCAAGCCCAACGGGGCCAUUCUGGGCUACAUGGUCACCUGCGAGAUGCUGCACGGAGGAGGGGAACCCAGGAAUAUCUAUGUGGAGGGGGACAACCCAGAAACCUCCCUGACAGUGCCCUACCUGAGCGAGAACAUCCCCUACAAGUUCAAAGUGCAAGCCAAGACCACCCAAGGGUUUGGGCCAGAAAGAGAGGGCAUCAUCACCAUUGAGUCUCAAGAUGGAGGAGCUUUCUCACAGUUCGGAGGGCAGCAAUACAUGAGAGAGGAAGUGUACAACCUCCCCGCGGAAUACAACACCACCAUCAGCCACUCCUCUCUGGAGCCCUACUACACAGAUGGCAUGUUGAUGACCACCCAGCGGGUGGAGAGCAGUGGCACCCUCACCAAGCAGGUCACCAAAGAGUUCGUCAGUAGGACCAUGAUGUCCAGCGGAACACUCACCAAACAGAUGGAGACACAGUUCUUCGAAGACUGAGCUGGGGAGAGGCUGCCAUAGGGGUGUGCGUGUUCAGACUGCAGAGCUUUUCAGGCAGGCUCAUGCUAUGGUCAGCUUCCAGGCUCUGGGCCGCCGUGCCCACCUAAUCUCACCUGGGCAUAGAACUGCAGUGGCACUUGACACACUGGUCAUUCCUUUGAAGCCCACCGCCGUGGAGGCGGCAAGAAUAUAUAUAUAUAUAUAUAUAUAUA